AUGGUGGAGUGUUCUCCUGGCGGUGGAGCAUCGUCUGAUGUCGAUUCAAGUGGCAGAUCUCUGAGGAAUGGACCAGCGCUUGUAGAGUCUCAAGGCUUGGAAGCUGUGAGCCCACGUCGCUUAUCGCGCUCUAGCAGUUCCAAGACUUUCAAUCGAUCGAGCUCAGACAGCGAUAUUCGAGCCGUGGUAGCGCCCUUUCCAAGUGGGUUUGAUGCCCAGCAAGAGCUGGAAGCAAAUGUCGCUGGUGUGCAUCGAGAUACGGAGAAGCCGACACGUGCAGAGGAGAGUUUCAUCUUUCUGAACGCGUCGAUGCAGCUGAUGCAUUUGAACGGAGAGGCCCGUCAGCGUGUUCGUCAGCUGUGGACUUCAGUGCAGCGAUUGGGGCGCGAGAACCAGAUCAGUGAGGCGGGCAUGGAUGUCUUGUACGUGGAGCUGGGAAACCUCAUCAAGACUUUGAGUGCAGAGAAGCUCGACGCUACCAACCACCUCAAAAGCGGGCGCUUGGUCCUGUUAGCUUCGUCUCCAGCGAGCGAUCCGGGCGUGGUAGGCGGCAGUACAGCAGUCAAAGCUCUCUUUGGCGCUAGAUCAACUGCUCAACUGAUGCAGUGCUCGUUGUCAGAAGACCAGAGCAGGUUUGAGAUGACUCCAGUACGUCAAGCUCCUGCUGCAGCCACCAACAGUGCCAGCAUAUCUCCAAACCCUCCGGGUCCGACAUUGGGCAGAUUUACGCUGCCGUCUAAAGCUUCGUUGAUGGGAAUGAUCUCGGAUGCCUUCCAGGUUGAGCCAACCACUAGAGUUAUCAGAAUGCAAGGCUGUCAAGUGCGCAGACUUGUGCCCAACUCUAGUAACGAGCAAGCGAUAGACGGUCGGCAAGUGGCAAGAGCGAAGAUCUUUCACCAUUUCCAACUGCUCGUACCUUACAAAACGCAGCUAACCGACGCAGACGAUUUAUUCCUCACCAGAGCUCCUGUGCCGUACGAAUCGUUCAUCUUUGAAGUCCCGACAUCUUCUGAAGGAGGCAAAGCAGACCUGGACGCUGAAACACUAGUAGACGAGUGGGUUUGGGCUUUGGAUCGAGUCUGCAGAUUUCAUCUUCAUCGACUUGAACACGCUCUUCGAGAAGCUCCGACAAUUGGUAAAGUAUCUUCAACUUUGUACAUGGCUUUUAUGUUUAUUAACAAGAGGGUACUCGCAGAACGAUACCGGGAGUCACUGCAACGUCAUUUCCCAGUGUCUGUCUCGCUCAGUUGGCUUCGUAAUCGCUUGGAUCAGUCGACGCUGCAGCGUCGUGCAAGUGCCAGUUUGAGUAUGAUUCAGAUUGUCAAGGACCUCGACCGCGACAAAGUGCUCUUGGACGGCCAUCUCUUCAGUGCUGCCAACCCUUUUGAAGACUUCAACAUGGAAUCCGACAGCGUAUCCGAAGUGGUCAAGUACAUGGUCAGGAAAGUGUUGACGUUCGAGCAAGAGACCACGUCGCAGUACCGAAUUCCUGGAGCUACCCAGCAACCAUCUUCCCCAGCACAUCGGUUCGCUAACAACUGCGAGGCUCGAGCUCUUGCGUUCGUCGAGCGAGUUCUUCAAGGCAGUUCUCGCACUCAAAGUGGCGGCGACAUCUACGACGCCAUCAGCUUCUUCUGUCAACAAGAGCACGUGUCCAUUUGCCCUGUAUCCCAAGACGCUCGACCCGUGCAGGUGCGGACCACUAGUGACAUCUCGAAAGGAAUCUUCCAGGUGCAAGUCCAUGUCUGUAUGCAGUUCAAGGUGAUCGAGUUGACGCCAAGGUCCCCAACGCCUGUGUCGCCUAGUGGAGCUGAGACUUCCUCCGUGCUUGACUCGACGGCGAUGGACUCGUCCAGCGAUAGUGUGCAGGAGUGGGCCGUUCUCGAAGGAAUUCUGUCGCGGCAGUUCACGUUGGGACAGCUUUGUGCGCCCGGUACAGUCACCAUUAGCUGCAUAUAA